AUGGGUAUUCCAAAGUUCUUUCGAUGGAUGAGCGAGCGUUAUCCGUUGUGCUCUCAGCUCGUGACAGAGACCAACAUCCCCGAAUUCGACAAUCUGUAUCUGGAUAUGAACGGCAUCAUUCACAGUUGCUCACACCCAAAUGAUGGAGAUGUGCAUUUCCGAAUGAGCGAAGAAGCUGUCUUCCUAGCUAUAUUCAACUACAUUGAUGCCCUUUUUGGCAAAAUCAAGCCAAAGAAACUCUUCUUCAUGGCUGUUGACGGAGUCGCUCCAAGAGCAAAGAUGAAUCAACAGAGAGCUCGCCGGUUCCGGACUGCGAAAGAUGCAGUGGAAGCGAGAAAAAAGGCUGAAAAGAAGGGUGAAGCGUUGCCUAAGGAGCCUCCUUUUGAUUCGAAUUGUAUUACGCCAGGAACGGAAUUCAUGACCAAACUAUCGACCCAACUAAAAUACUUUGUAAACAAGAAAAUGAGUGAAGAUGCUUCUUGGCAUGGCGUCCAAGUCGUCUUAUCGGGCCAUGAAGUACCAGGAGAAGGAGAACAUAAAAUCAUGGAAUAUUUACGUCUCGCAAAGUCGCGACCAGAUUAUGAUCCAAAUAAUAGGCAUUGUCUCUAUGGACUGGACGCAGAUCUCAUCAUGUUAGGCCUCUUGUCUCAUGAACCUCAUUUCGCCUUGCUGCGAGAAGAAGUCACGUUUGGGAGAACCAAGAAAAAGACUUCGGCAUCUAGUAAUCCUGACACCCAGAGUUUCUUUUUACUCCAUCUAUCAUUAUUACGUGAAUACUUGGACUUAGAGUUCUCUUCCCUAAAAGAAAAGUUACCCUUCGCAUAUGAUGUAGAACGUAUAAUCGACGACUUUAUACUGAUGGCAUUUUUCGUUGGGAAUGAUUUUCUACCAAACUUGCCAAACCUUCAUAUCAACGACGGCGCUUUGGCAACCAUGUUCUCAAAGUAUAAAUCUAUAUUGCCUGAUAUGGGAGGAUACUUGAAUGAUGGUGGGAAACUAAACUUGCGUCGAUGUGAAUCUAUAUUGCGAGCAUUGAGUGAUAUUGAGAGGGAGAAAUUUGAAGAUGAACGUAUUGAUUUGAAGUGGCUCAGCUCCAAGAUGGAGAGAGAAGCUGCUGGGCCAGCGAAGAACAAAAAGAAUGUGAUAACACCAUCUCAGAAAACACUACUGGCUUCCAUCACCCAAUUUAUCGAUGAUCCGCCAGAAGCUCCUGCUCGACUGUGGUUUGAUAGUAAUCUACCAGCUCGAGACAGAAACUUUAUCAAAAAAAUCGCAAAAGACUUGUCGGUGCUCUUCGGUGAAGACAUCAAAGAUCCCGAAACACCCAAAGUCAAAUCAUCGUACAUCGAACUUGACUCUGAUGAAGAUCAAAGUGAUGAAGAAGGAACUGAGGCUAGAAGUCGUGUCCUCGUUCGAUAUGAAAAGAUGGAAGUCAAGGAUGAUGGUGAUAUGACGAUAGAAAAGCAGCAAGCUGAGGCAAAGAGAAUGGUUGAGGAGGAGUUUCAGGGAAUUAAGAAACAUUAUUACAAGGAGAAGCUAGAGAUUGAUUAUAGCAACAAGGAUCAAUUGGACAAGGUUAUAUAUCACUAUGUCGAGGGUCUACAAUGGGUCUUGUUGUACUACUAUGAAGGUGUCGCUUCUUGGGAGUGGUUUUAUCCGUUUCAUUAUGCUCCGAUGACUAGUGACAUUGUCGAUUUGAGUCGAUUUGAAUUCAAAUUCGAACUUGGUAAACCAUUCCUACCAUUUGAGCAACUUAUGGGUGUGCUUCCUGCCGCUAGCAAGACGCUCAUUCCUGCAGCUUAUAGAGAUUUGAUGACAGAUGUAGCAUCUCCCAUUUUCGACAUGUAUCCAGUAGACUUCCAAUUGGAUAUGAAUGGAAAGAAGGCUGAUUGGGAAGCUGUAGUCAAAAUUCCAUUUGUGGAUCAAGAUCGAUUGUUGAGAACGUUACAAGCUCGAGAAGCACAACUCACUCCUACGGAACGACAACGAAAUAAUUGGGGUCCUAGUACACGUUUCACUUAUGAUCCCAAUGAUGUGCAUGUGUAUUCAUCUGUCAUUCCUGGUGUCUUUCCUGACAUCAAUAGUUGCGUAUGCAAAAUGGAGGAUUACAACCUUCCAGUCAUUGGACUUCAUGGAUUUGUGAAGGGGUUGUGUCCUGGUGUGAGACUAGGCAAAGACCUGAUGCCUGGUUUCCCAUCUCUUCAAACUUUGCCACAUACUGGAACAUUGGGAUAUCAUUCAGUCAAUGUCUUCAAUAUGGAAGCUUUACGAGAGGUUUUGGUCAUCUCAUUGGCAAGUGAUGGUGUUGGUGGCAAGACGGCUGAAGAGUUGGCCAAGGAAAAGCUGGACAAGAAGAUAUUUACUGGUAUGAAAUUGUCAUCAGAUUGUCCAUAUUCGACAUUGAGCUUUAUAAGUUUGUCUCCUCCAGGCUGGCCAUUCUUGAUAGAAGGUCUUGUAGUAGGAAUGUCAGAUGAAUACUUCCACUAUUCACUGGCUACUACUCCUUCUGGUCGCCAAGAUGUGGUCAAGGCACCACACAAUCAAGAGUCUUCGGAUCGAUUUUUCCGAGAAGCUGACAAUAUUGAAUCUCACUACUCGAAACGUUUUGGUACUCUGAUUGGUCCUAUUGAAGUUGCGUUGCAUGUGCUUCCGCUGAAAGGAAUGGCAUUAAAGGAGGAUGGAGCCCUUAUAAAGGAGUACUCGGAUUAUGAUGUUAUGGUGCCAAUACAAAUUGUUGUGGAUAGUAUUGAAACUGAAGAUCCUCGAUUUGCAGAAAAACCGCCACCACCUAUAUCAGUCGAGUUUCCUAUCGGCUCUAAAGUGUUCUUCUUGGGCAGUAAACGCUAUGGCUGUGUUGCAGAAAUACAAGACUGCUCGGAUGAAAAGCUCAACGUCGCAUUGCUCGUACCCAAAGAGGCAGAACUGGAAAGCGGCCUAAAUUUCACUCGUGAUAUCGCAUUGGAAGCUCAUCGUCAAGAGCAAUAUCAUCCUUCAUACCUUGCUUGCAAGUUUAUUGGCAUAAGCUCGCUUGCACUUGCUAAAGCCGCAUCAUCACUUCAUGUGAUAUCCAAGAGGACAGAAAACAGACACAAUAUAGGGUUGAACUUGAAAUUCGAGUCCAAAGGUCGGAAAGUCUUGGGAUACUCGCGGAAGACUGAAAACGGCUGGGAGUAUAGUCAGAAGGCGAUUAAUUUGUUGAAGGACUACAAGACAACCUUUCCCGAAAUAUUCGUCGCUCUGGAUCGAAAACAAGGAUCAGGCGAAUUCUUUGAAGAUACCGAUUUCUUCCCUCACAAUGUUGCUGAAGAGAAGCUCAAUCAAGUGAAGGAAUGGCUCAAGGUUCAUGGAGUCAAGGAAAUGGAACGAGUGCCUCUUGCUUCAAAUGGCUUGACCAAGGAUUGGGUGAUUGAGAUUCAAACUGCCAUUGAUAACGUUUACAAAGAUAUUAAGCUGCCAGGGUUCAAGAAACUCAUUGUCAAGAAUGUUCCAAGACCGUCUAUUCUGAAACCCGCACAUGCCAAGCAUCGCCUUACGAAUCAAACAUUUGAACUCGGUGAUCGUGUCGUGCAUGUAGUUGAUGCUGGUACAGUACCAUUUGGCGCUGAAGGAACUGUAGUUGGGAUGGACGGAGUGUUUUUGGAUGUGUUAUUUGACAGACCAUUUAUGGGAGGAACGAGUCUUGAUGAUAGAUGUGCCCCUUCACGUGGAAUGGUAUUGUCAAAGGACACUUUGCUGAAUACCUCGAAUCCACAACCACCUAUAAGUCGUCCCACAAAAACAUCAAUCCAACAAACCUAUAAUCGAUUCGGCAUUGGCAAAGGAAAAGCACAAGCUCAAGAUUCUAAUGCAGUAAAUGGAUAUAAGCGAAGAGGUCCCAAGUUAAAUGCAGAUGCUGUAUUUGCAAAUGGUGGUGAUAAGAAAGCUUGGUCUAAGAAUCCACCACAAUCUAUCAUGGCACGAGGUGAUGCCAAAUCAAACCAUGUUGGAGAAGUACGUCCUGCAGCAGCAACAGCAACAGUAGCAACAGUACGCCCUGCAACAGCAACAGCGCCAAAUAGCAACAAUACACCAUUGCAACCACACACUGUUAACCCUCAGACUGUAGAAGAACGUCAAGUUGGUACUUUAAAGAUCGCCAUUGUCAAACGAGCCGUCACGAUGCCUGCCGUAUCUGCAAAUGCACCAGCAGCUCAUCAUUCUACAGCUCCAUCAGUAGCUCGGCCCGCUUUGGAAGCUCAACAACCUGCAGUAAACGUUUCAAUCGCAGUCAAUAAUCCUCCAGCUCAACACCAGCAACAACAUCAACAAUAUCAUUCGCAACAACCAUACUACUCAGCACAGCCAUUUGCAGGUAAUUCUCAGUAUAAUGGUGGAUAUGGUUAUGGAUAUGGGUAUAAUGAGGGCAAUGGAUAUCACAAUCCUAACCCAUAUGGUGGAUAUCAGCAAUAUGGAUAUCAACAACCAUAUCAAGGGUACCAACAAAAUGGCUAUGGCUCGUAUAAUCAAGGAUACUAUGACCAGUAUUAUGCCAAUAUGAACUCGGCUAGCAGUAGUGGUCAAAAUGUUGACUUGUCUGCUCAACUCAAAGGUGUGCUCAAUCUCAAAGGAGAUACGACCACUGCAUCUACGUCUGGUGAUGGAACUGUAAGUGAAGCCAACAUCAGCAGUGGUGGUAGUAGUGCAGGACCGAGCAAGUCGUCAACAGCCGCAGAUCCAUCAGCAGGAGACGUCUCUCGUCAAAUACUUUCCAGUAUGGUAUCCAAGCCUGGUAGAGUAUCACAAACAGGAAAUGCUGUGGGGCCAUCAUCUGGAUAUGCUCAAUAUGGUACGGCUGCUGGACAAGCAUCAAACGUUGCAGCGUAUCAGGCGACGCAUAACGAGCUGCAUAAUUUGAUGAGUGGACAACAAUCUGGUGGGAGCCGCGGUUAUCUUCAUGGUAAUCGUGGCAGAGGACGAGGGGGUAAUCGUGGUGGUCGUUUCUAA